AUGACCGCUGCACUUAGGAUGCUUGCUUAUGGAGUAACAGCUGAUUUUUUGGAUGAAUAUGUGAGAAUAGCCGAAAGCACUGCAAUGAUGAGUUUAAAAAAAUUUGUUGCAACAGUGGUUGCUAUUUUCUCAGAGCAACACUUGAGGUCACCAAACAAUGAAGACAUCGCUAGAUUGUUAGCCCAUAGCCAAAACCGUGGAUUUCUAAGCAUGUUGGGAAUUAAUUACUCAGUCAAUGGUCAUGAUUACACAAUAAGAUACUAUCUUGCUGAUGGUAUAUAUCCAAAAUGGUCAACAUUUGUGAAGAAAAUCUCAUCUCCAUUCGGAGAUAAAAGAAAAUUAUUUGCAAAAACUCAGAAGGCAUAUAGGAAGGAUGUAGAACGUGCAUUUGGAGUGCUUCAAGCACGAUUUGCAAUUGUACGUAGACCUGCACAGUUUUUCUAUCAAGAAACACUACAUGACAUUAUGAAAGCAUGCAUAAUUCUUCAUAACAUGAUUAUUGAAAAUGAGCGAGAUGAAGCUGAAGCAGUGGACUUCGAUUAUGAACAAAUUGAUGAGAUUUCAUGUACACCAAUGUCACAUGAGCGGACAAUUUGA